ACAAGCAGCGCGGUACACAAGUCACUGCAGGCGCGUUGAUAUCACGCGCCUUUGCCUUCCUCAGCCCGUACGUAAGCAAAAGUAUGGCCGGACCUCCGUUAAUCCCCUCUUCCUCCAGCAACAGCAACGCGAACGUCAAAAAGGAUGACAAACCGAAGGACAAGCCAUGUCCAAAGCGAAGGAGAAAAUCGAUCGACGAUACAACAACACCCACAGCACCUCGAACAUCAACAGCAGCGGCGCCAAAUAAAGACGGAGCUGGCCCAAAGGUGACGCAAGAGAAGGAGCAAGAUCAUGGCGAGACGGCAAGCGCUGAUGCCGACGCUGUUAUUUCACGGACCCCCUUGCCGGAAGACAGCAGCGCCGCCGCCACCAAAGAAGGACAAGAAGGACAAGGAGGCGGUGACGACGCUGACGGCAUGGCUGUCGAUGCCACCGAGACCGCCGGUCGAACGACAGACGCCGAGCAGGCGGAGGGUGCCGAAGCCGAGCAAGGGGAGGAGGGUCAAGACCAUGAAGAAGAAGAGGAAGAAGAGGAGGAGGAGGAGGAGGAGGAAGAGGGGGAGGGGGAGGCAGGGGUCGCCGCAUCGCCGCCAAGCGGAGAAAAGCCCGACGGGAGCAAGAUAGCCAGGGCGCGGUCCGCGUGGAUGCUCUUCCUCGCAGACAACCGGGAAGGGGUACGCAAGGAACACCCGGGUCUGGCCGUAGGCCCGAUGCAGAAGAUUCUGAGCGAGAUGUGGAAGGCGCUAGGGGAAGCGGAGGUGGCCCGCUACGCCAAGCUGGCGGCGGAGGACAAGGAGCGGGUGAAGAACGAGCUCGCGGCGGCGGGACUAACAAAGCUGCCGACCAAGAACAGCUCCUCCGCCGCCGUCGCCGGCGGCCCAACGAGCCUGGUGCUCCCCCUGGCGAGGGUCCGCAAGACCGUCAGGCUCGACCCUUCCGUGGGGAACAUCUCGAAGGAGGGCUUGUUGCUCGUCACCAAGGCCACGGAGGUCUUCAUGGCUGUACUGGCGGACCACGCGUGGAACAUCGGGAGACAGACCGGACGCAAGUCCGUAAGGCCCUGCGACGUUGCCGACUUCGUUUUCGCGGCUCCGGAGAUGUACUGGCUUAAGGACGAGUUCCGUGAAGAACGCAGCUCUGUGAAGAAGAAGCAGAGCAGGCCGGAGGCGGGCGGCGCGAAGGCCGCCGGGGCAACGAAGGCAGGAGUCACCGCUGUCCCGAAGGGAGCAAAGCCCAUCACUUCUUUCUUUCAGAAAGCAUAGUUGCGGCGGCGGUGGUGGUGGUGGUGGUGGUUGUGAAGAUCUGAACGUCUUUCUUUCGGGAAGCAUGGGUGUGGCAGCGGUGAUUGCGAAGAUCUGGUCAGGACGUGUGUGGAUUGUCGUGACGUUACUGCUGUCACGACUCAUGCUCUCCUUGGCGUACCAGUGGCGGCUGGUGUUGCUGAUGCGUACUGCGGAGAGAAGAAGCCUCUCGUCCUGGUAACCCCCUGCCACUCGAUCAAAGAUUUGCUGUAGUAUUUCGAUGCCAUUUGCGACCCCGGCUGAUACAUCAAACGUAUAUACACCGAGGGGUGUGUAGACUGGAACCAGCGAAAAUGGGACGAACACGCACACAUAAGUCUUGACCAGGCAGCGUUCGUAGAACACGCAGUAGUAUUCGCGUAAGAUACACGGGAGGCGAAAGCCAGGCCCUUGUUACACGUGUGUCGGAACGAUUUUUCCGUUGGCCGACAGCGGGGUGGAAUCUGUGAAGUGUGCUUCGCUCGAUCAUGUGUCGCCCCACCUGCGGUAAAGGUUAAGGUUGGUGCCGUCGCCGGAGGUCCUAAGAAGUGAGAAGAGGUGGCGCAGAGGGCUCGGGGUGAUCUUGUUUUGCGACUUUCCGGUAGGAACCAAUUUUUUCCUUAGGAGGUGCAUACUGCGGUGGGCCUGAAGCAGGGGCUCUUUUCAGUCCUCCCUUUUCACACCUUUCGGCAGGUCGGGGGGGGGGGCUCGGGGGGCGACGACGCGUACACGAAGAUGGUUUCAGCCAAAACGGAGCUUGCUUCCCU